UCCUUCCCUCCCUCCUUCCCUACGCGCAGGCUAAAUGUCCAGUUUUCCGAGAGGCGCUCGAACGCACCGCGUGUCCAGGCUGUGUGGCUAAACUGAUGGGGAACUGGUUCCAGUUCGCGUCGCCCACCAGCUCACUGGGAUCCCCGAACCAGCCGGGUUGUGUCGUUUCGGGUUCGUUAACAGAGCGGAGAUCGCUGGACCUGAAGCCGGCCAUCAUCGAGGCUCUACCGGGUGUCUGACAGUGUGUGGGACUGCAGGCUGGACUUCAUGACGUUACUGACUGAGGCUGCAAAUAGAAUCUGUCGAGGUUGCGUUCUGUCUUUUUGCCUGGAUGACUUGUUGACUGCCAGGCUGGAUCACCUUCAGGCUAAACUGUUUGAGACCGACUGUUUAUUUUUGUCUGUCUGGAUGACUGUCUGCCUGUGAAGACCAGAGUCCCCCUUCCUGCAGUUCAUCUGAUCCCUGCAUCUCCAUGUUGAGCCUCCAUUAUAAUACAUGAUGAGUCUAUGAUGCCAGAAAGAAGCUGCUAUGGCCAGCAGCAGUCAGAGCUCCACUGAACCUCUGGAGGGCUUCCAUGAGGUCAACCUCGCCUCCCCCACUACACCUGACCGACAAAACCAAUUGGAGCAGCGACCCCACACUCGGCACAGCGCUCCCCCAAGCUCUCUGUACCGCACCCCCUCCCUAGGAGCCACGCCUCCGGGACCUCCCACCACCCUGAGAGCUGACCAGCUCCCAACCCAGCCGGUGUACUCCACCCCCAGACAAAGCCUCAAUGGAAGCGUCCCAGGCCUGGAGGCGGAUUUAACGGUGGGGGAAGAAGGGGAGGAGUUUAUCAGUUUGAGUGACAGCCUUUCACGACUACGGAGUCCCUCAGUGAUGGAGGUCAGAGAGAAAGGAUGUGAGAGGCUGAAAGAAGAGCUGGCCAAGGCCCAGCGGGAACUGCUGUUGAAAGAUGAGGAGUGUGAGAGGUUGUCUAAAGUCAGAGACCAGCUUGGACAGGAGCUGGAGGAACUCACAGCCAGUCUCUUCCAGGAGGCUCAUAAGAUGGUCAGAGACGCCAACGUCAAACAGGCUACAGCUGAGAAACAACUGAAGGAAGCCCUGGGCAAGAUUGAUGUCCUGCAGGCGGAGGUGUUGGCUCUGAAGACGCUGGUCCUCUCCUCUCCCACCUCCCCAGUGGCAGAUCUCCCCUCCGCAGGAGUCAAGACUCCCUUCAGGAAAGGCCACGGAAGGAACAAGAGCACAUCCUCUGCCAUGCUGGGGAGUCAGCCUGAGCCCUCUGCUGCACAGCUCAUAGUACGGGACUGUAGAGAGGUGGACGGUCAGCUCUUCAGUGAGUUCAAAGCAUGGAAGGAGGACCCCAUGCUGGACAGAGGCUCUUCUUUCAUGAGCAGAGUCUACAGAGAGGACAUCUAUCCCUGUCUAAACUUCAACAAGACAGAGUUGGGCUCGGCCAUCUUGGAGGCAGUUGAGCAGAACACUCUGAGUGUAGAACCAGUGGGAUUCCAGCCCCUACCUGUAGUCAAGGCCUCGGCAAUGGAGUGUGGGGGACCAAAUGAUCGAAGGGCUGAGCUGCUGACGAAAUGUGCUCUGAGUGGACAGACCAAAACCUGCAAGCACAGGAUCAAGUUUGGAGAUUCAUCCAACUAUUACUAUGUGUCUCCUUACUGUAGAUACAGGAUUACAUCAGUUUGUAAUUUCUUCACCUACAUCCGAUACAUCCACCAAGGACUGGUUAAACAGCAAGAUGAUGAACAGAUGUUUUGGGAAGUGAUGCAGCUCAGGAGGGAGAUGUCUUUGGCCAGGUUGGGAUUCUAUAAGGACCAGCUGUGACUGAAGGACAGCUGUGCUCUCCAAUCAGAUCUGGCCAGAAGCCCUGCCCACCACCUUGCCUCUUAUCCACUCAUCGGUCAGCCAUCGUUUCAGGAAGCCCCUGCUCCGUGUGUGGGUGUGUGUGUGAGAGCGAGAGAGAGAGAGAGACUUCAGAUCAGUCAGGGUUUGGAUAUGGAGAGAGUUGUUUUCGUCAGAUGACUGACACCAUAUCAGAUUGGGAGGGUGAUCUCAGAUAUUUUUGACUUCCACUGUAAAAUGAUUCAAGUGUUUUAUCCCAGAAUGAAACAUCUCUUUUACACCAAGUCUGAAUCCUGUUCUGACACAAGAUUUACAGCACUGAAUACUUCCUGAAAGUUCUGACACAAGAUUUACAGCACUGAAUACUUCCUGAAAGUUCUGACACAAGAUUUAUAGCGCUAAAUACUUCCUGAAAGGGAGGAAUUCCACUUGCAGUCCGCCGAACUGUUCAGUGAAAAGUCCUUUUCCCUAAUUGUUGAGGUGGGGAUGAUUGGCAGCUCCAUAGCCAAUGACAGAAGACUGUGGAGCUGCUGCCCCCUGCUGGUGACACACUCCUGAACUGCUUCCCCCUGCUGGUGACACACCCGAACUGCUGCCCCCUGCUGGUGAAACACUCCUGAACUGCUGCCCCUGCUGGUGACACAUUCCUGAACUGCUGCCCCUGCUGGUGACACAUUCCUGAACUGCUGCCCCCUGCUGUUGAACCACUCCUGACCUGCUGCCCCCUGCUGGUGACACACUCCUGAACGCCAACAUGUACACAUGCUUUUUUCACACACACGUCCCACAUGGAGAAAUUUUGGGCACUCUUUCGUCUGUAUCAGUAGCACAAACCCCCAUAAACAAGUCCUGUCUAAACAUUUAUUUAGUUGAAAAAUAGACGGAGCACCACUGAGUCCUCCUCCAAGACAGGUUCUGAAGUCUAAACCACAUCCAGGCUGAUCUGGUUCUGCUCGAGUCUGUAAACCACAUCCAGGCUGGUCUGGCUCAGCUGGCCGGUACGCUUCACAGCUCAUCCUGGUGUUUGUUCAUCGUGUUGUCUCAGCCAGGUGAAGUGCUGCAGAGUGUCAACAGGGGGCGCUAAACCAGUUUCCUGUCAGUGUAAUGCAAUGAGCGUUUAAAAGCCGAGAUGAGAAGAGGCCCAACAACCAAACAUCCCCUGUUUUAUCUGUUCUCCUUCCUUCACUGUUUCUGUGUGAACAAUCAGACAUGUUAUGCUGAAUUCAUUACUGUGAGAAUUUACCAUUUAUUAUUAUUAUUAUUAUUAUUAUUAUUGAUUUGAAUGUCUGUUAAAGCUUUAUUUGUUUAUGGUGAAUAAAUCCACUGGAGGUUCAAUCCACUA